UAGCUCUUCUAAACAAAAAAAAUAUCCCUUAUUACAACCAGAUUCUCAAUUGUAUCUCCCUGAUCAGGAACAAGUUUGAUCCAGAAUCAUGAAUAUCAUCCUUCUGAUGUAUGUCAUCAUACUCGCAGGUAUUGAAGCUGAGGCAUUAUCUUAUGAUUACACUGCGAACAUUGAAUGUUUGACAAUCCCACAGAAGCCUCAGUACAAUGGAGGAAUAAUUCAAAACCCAGAAAUAAAUGAUGGACUACAGGGAUGGACAUCAUUUGGGGAAUCAAAAAUACAACAUAGAGAAUCAUUAGGUAACAAAUAUGUGGUAGCUCAUAGCAGAAAUCAACCAUAUGAUAGUGUCUCCCAAAAGAUUCACCUUCAAAAGGGGAUGUAUUAUACUUUAUCUGCUUGGUUACAAGUGAGUAAUGGAAAUGUUCCUGUAACAGCAGUAGUUAAAACAAAUGAAGGAUUUAAAUUUUGUGGUGUCAUUUUUGCGGAAUCUAACUGUUGGUCUAUGCUUAAGGGUGGUUUCAUAGCAGAUACAUCAGGGGAAGCUGAGCUCUACUUUGAGAGUAAUAAUACUUAUGUGGAAAUUUGGAUAGACAGUGUAUCCUUACAACCAUUCACAGAACAACAAUGGAAGUCGCAUCAAGAUCAAAGCAUUGAAAAGGAACGAAAGAGAAAGGUAUUAGUCCAAGCACUAGACGAACAAGGACACCCUUUACCAAAUGCGAGCAUAUAUAUUACAUUGAAUAAACCAAAGUUUCCAUUUGGAAGUGCAAUAAAUAGUAACAUUAUUAACAACCGUGCGUAUCAAGAUUGGUUCUCAUCUAGGUUCACAGUUACAACAUUUGAAAAUGAAAUGAAAUGGUACACAAAUGAAUACGCACCAGGAAAAGAUAACUAUUUCCAAGCUGAUCAAAUGCUACAGUUUGCAAAAUCACACAAUAUUACUGUUCGAGGACACAAUAUAUUUAAUGAUGAUCCUAAGUAUCAACCAAAAUGGGUUUAUUCACUCUCCCCAAACCAGCUUAAUUUAGCAGUCCAAAAAAGAAUGAAUUCCGUUGUGGGAAGAUACAAGGGCCAAGUUAUUGGUUGGGAUGUUGUUAAUGAAAAUCUCCAUUUCUCAUUCUUUGAAGGUAAACUUGGACAAGAUUUUUCAGCCAAAGCAUUUAACAAGGUUCAUAAUAUUGAUCCACAAACGACCUUAUUUAUUAAUGAGUUUAACACAAUUGAGGAUAGUAGAGAUGGUUUAUCAUCUCCAUCAAAUUACAUCCAGAAAAUCAAACAAAUUCAAAGUGUGAAUAGGCAAUUGCCGCUUGGAAUUGGUCUGGAGUCUCAUUUCUCUUCUCUCCCUCUCAACUUUCCUUACAUGAGAGCUUCCAUUGAUACCCUUACUGCUUCUCGUUUGCCAAUAUGGAUUACAGAAUUAGAUGUUGCAAGCCAACCUAAUCAGGUACAAUACUUGGAGCAAGCUCUUAGAGAGGCACACUCUCACCCAGGGGUUCAAGGUAUUGUAAUGUGGACAGCAUGGACACCGCAGGGUUGCUAUAAGAUGUGUUUGACAGAUAACAAUUUCAAAAAUUUACCAACAGGGGAUGUUGUUGACAAACUAAUAUCUGAGUGGGGGAAAGCACAAGUUUUAGGGACGACAGACCAAAAUGGACUACUUGAGUUGUCCCUUUUUCAUGGAGAUUACAAAAUACAAAUUAAUCACCCUAUCAAGAAGAAUUACUCUAUCAUUCAUCACAUGCAAGUGCUUCCAAAAGAAGAUUAUUCCAAUAAAACAACACAAUUGAUACAACUUCUUGUUUAGUUGAUUUUUCAUGUUACACAUGUGGUUUAUGAUAAAUAAAAGACUUAUAUUUCUCUAUCA